AUGAGUGGCAGGAUUGAUGGUGCUGAAAAGCUAGCUCUUGUGAAGCUUCUUCUAGACACCAAUCCACGUCCUAGCACGUUGAAUGCCCGAGAUCAGUCGGGUGCGACGGCUCUACUUCGCUUGAUAACAUACUAUGAGGGCUCCAGCUCGAGUCAGCAUGCGUAUUUUAUGCCACUGGUCAAUCUCCUCCUUUUGCACGGAGCCGAUAGGAGUCUCUACGACAACAAAAAUCAGACUGUGUUACAUAAGCUGGCGUCUAGUGCUACAUACAACGAGGAAAUUCCCUUUCAUCUCCUGGACAUUCUCAUUCCAUUUGUCGAUAUCAACCAGGCCGACGUGCACGGUUGGACGGCGCUACAUUCCAUGGCGAGAAACUUGCGUGCUGUCAACAACAAGGGAAACACGCCUCUUCAUGAAGUAAUGACAGGAAGGCUUAUCAGGAGGGAAAAUGAAGACGGCUCACUUGAAUGGCCGACUCUUUCGGAGAAGAUCCAGGCACACGACGAGAUCAUUUCGACAUUGCAAGAUGCCGGGGCCUCUAUGGACCAGCCAAAUUUGGCGGGCAAGACACCGGCACAACUACUGGUGGAGAAACGCGCCAAGUGGGAGAAAGGUGGUGAAUAG